UUUUGUUUUCCCAAAAGCAACCAAAUAAAACGGGGUUAGAAAAAUGUUAGUGGCUGAUGUAAAAGUAGUAAAUGCAGAUGAAGAAGAAAGGGGAAUUCACAGUUUUAACUCAAUGGCAGCUAUAGUAGUGGCAGGCAGGAUUUGCAUAUUUCAUGUAAAAUCUGCUGUGUGUCUGUCUAAUAUGCUGGAAUGUGAAUAAAUGCCAUUCACAAGCGGUAUGACAGUGUAUCAUAUGGUAAUUACUCAGGAAAAUGUAACCCUUGAAAAGGGAAAAGAUAAUCCUUGGUCUGAUGUAAAAUACAUAAUCAUAUGAAUGUUGUUAAUAUUAACAGCCGAGUGUUUGAGAAGGGUUGCAAUCAAUAUUUCUGUAGCAAAACUCAAGCUAAGUUUAUGACUUUCUGCCUUUUUCAUUUGCUUAGCAAAAGGAAUGUUUUGUUAGAUCAUCCGUGCUUCACUUAAACAAUGAUGGAAGGUGCUUCUAGUGUGCACCGCAUUAGUUUAGGGUUGGCUCCACCAUUAAGAAAUGCUGGACAGCGGGUGGGAGGAGGAGGCUGCUGGCGUGGAGUGGUGAUGAGGUGUUGGAGAAGAGAGUUGUGGCUGCCACACAGGCCCACACUGUGCCGCCUUCAGUUAGGCUGCUGCUCCGAGGACACUGUUCCAUUGCCAGUGGGGAAGCUGGAUUCAACUAUCUCAGCCUGGUUUGUGUCUCCAAACCGAAAGGAGAUGGGGCGGGGGAGACAUCCUUGCCUUUAUUUAACCACAAAGGGUCUUUGGCUGGCUUUGCUUUAGACUGUGGAGGGGGAUCAAAUGGAUGACUGGUCUUCCAUACAAACACAGACCUGCCCCUUGUAUGAAAGAGGGCUCACUUGUUGAUCACCCCUGUUGGCCACCUCUCCGUUCUGGUGCCUUCCACAUGUUCUGGACUAGAAGUCCUAGCUAUUAACCAUGCAGAAACUGAUGGCAGUUGAAGUUCAAAACACCUGGAAAGCAGCUGGUUGACAAAGGCAGGUCUAAGGGUUCCUUGGACAGUUGUAUGAAGGUCUCAUUCUAGAGAUGUUUUCACAGCGUGUGGGGAAGCCUGUGGGUCGAGCGACUGGACAUAUAUGAUGUUGAAGAUCCUUGCAUGGCGCUGCCCCCACUUAGAGACUGGGGUAAAUGGCUUAAAAAUGUGUGAAUAGUCAACACAGAAGCCUUUGCAUUAUUGUGUUUCUGGAGUUUGGACAGCACGGUAAUGAAAGCAUUUUAGCCUACAUACCACCUACUGUUAGAUGCACAGUUUAGGGACACAGUAAACCAGAAAGAUUUCAGCCUUCAUCAAGUACGGCGACAUUUGUUACUAUGCAUGUAAGAACAUGAAAUGAGUUCUGCCGGAGUGGGCAAGCCAUCCUCUUUCCCACAGUGGUUGACCAGCAGAGCAUGGUGUCCCUCUUCCACUGACAUUUCUGAGAAACGGAGAAAUGCUGCUUCUGAAAUUACAUUUCUCAUCUAGCAUCCAAGCAUAGGGUUGUCCAGAAUCGAUCUACUUAAACUCCACUUCAAGCCAUCUAAAUUAGCAGCUAUCCAUGCAUCUUGGAAUUGUGGAAGGGAAUUCCACAAAGUAAUUGUCUGAAGAAGUACUUUGUUUGGUUUGCUCACUUACCUGUCAGCUUUUUGGAUGGCAAACCCGUCCCACCACUGGGCUCUGAUUCUGUGAGGAAGGUCAAUGCUAAUUUCUUUCUAAUAUGUUAUUUUGGCUAUUGUUAAUGGAACAAGCUGGGAGUUCAGCAUUUACCAGGACAAAUGAUAUGUCAAGACUUUUCAGUAUCUGUUUCUGCUGUUGAUCUCAAAUGGUAUUUGCAAAUACAGUUCUAAAUAUUCCUCACAUGUCACACUGGCAAAAGAGCAUUUUCAGGAUGAAGACUGGAAUACUUUUCAAAGGAUGAGGGAAAACUUUGCUUAUGUAGCUGCCGUUCUGCUCUUGUCUCUGGGGAGUGAGCAUGUGGGGAUCUUGUGCAUCAUGCGCACAGCCAGUCAUCAGUACUCGGCACAUCUUGGUUCCCUUCUGGGUCAUCUGUACUGUUGAGGGUGUGAGCAGGUGUGAGCAGGAUGUCUGGCAUAGGAAAUGCUGACACACCAUUUGAUCGAGUGUGUCUUGUAAGCCUGUGCUGAGCACAAGGGUGUUCUGGGCCAUCUGAACCCAACCAGUGGGAUUAUGUGAGGGCUAAACAACCCUCAGUUUGUUGCAGAGUUGCAAAACCUGGGAUGGCCAGGUUUGGACAACUCGCCACCUCCCUAAGGUAGGGUUUGAGCUCAGGCCUCCUCAGGCCCAGCUGAACACUCUAAUCACGCUUCCAUCGUGAUCCCUUGUAACUUCAAUGUUGCUGUUGACACACAUUCGCUCUUCCUGUACUGCGAAAAGAUCAUUGUGAAAUAUGCCAAACUAGGAAGAAACAAGAUCAUAGCCUCCCCCACUCCCAAUCUGCUGCCUGAUUGUAACAGUGCAGGAGGCUGCUUGCUCAUCUGCUGGAUGCGUGCGGGCUCACGUGGGGUGUGAAUCACACAUUCAGAGCCUACAAACAUUGGCAUGUGUACUCACAUGCCCCUGUGCAGAAAUUGGGCCCGAUAGGAAAAUUCCACACCCUGCUCAGCUUGACCGUUUGCACAUGCUAAGGAAAUGAGCUACGGCAUUCAAUACAAAGAGCAGUUGUGGUUUUUUACAGUGGAAAAACCCACGCCUCCUUAUCUGUGCAUUUGAGGCAGAACUGGUCCCGUUCCGUUCCAGCAGUCACAAGGCAGGAAUAUCCUAAAGCACUUGGUCAGAAUGUCUGAAUCCGUGCUGACUGCCCCACCUUUUGGCCUAAGAGAACAGCAAGAGGUCACAUUUUUUAAGCAUAAAUUCUGCCCCCCCACCAAAAGCAGUUCCAUGACAUUCUUUGUCUGCCUUCUUUCAAUCAGAGAGGAAAGCUGCGAGAGCAACGAAAUGGAUCUUCUCCACGCCCCACCAGCAGUUGCAGAAGAUGCAUCUACUGAUUCGCCUCCCUUUGAAGGCGCCUCUGCACCUCCAUAUGAGCCGAUGGAAAACGAAUCUAUAGAAGAGAGCAGCACAGGAGAUUCUGUAAAAGAACCCUUGACUGGCUCAUCUGAGCAGUUGUCCGAGGAAGAAAAUGAGGAGACCCCUCCAGAUCAAAGGAACUGGAACAUCCCCUCUGUUUCGGAGGAUGAUGUUAAAAAAGCCUUUCGACGCUACGCUGCCAGCAAGUGCUGUUAUAGGAUCGCCCCAGCCAAGCACAUGAAUGUCCAGAGUAUCACUCCUCUCAACAUAUACAGAUAUCGCCUGGAGACUUUCACUGAAAUGAGAGAGACAUUCUUGGUCAGUGGGGUUUAUAAUGGUGAAUUUAUAGACUCUUCUGCUUCUGUACCACCACCUGACCGAUGGGAAAUAAUGGUAGAUCCACCCCCACUGUUUACAGACUGUGAAAUGCAUCUCCCGGUGCCUCACUCAUACUCAGUAGAGAUUUGCUCAAAUUGUAAAGGACGUGGUACAGUUUUGUGCCAAACUUGUAAAGGAACUGGCAAGAAAAUCUGUUCAGCUUGUGAUGGUACUGGAACAAGUUUGCUAGCAGAUGACAACAUUUGUUUACGGUGUACCGGUUCAGGAAACAUUCGUUGCUUCAGUUGCCAUACCACUGGGUGGCGAAAGUGUUGCCGUUGCUCUGGGAAGGGCAUCGUGCUAUUUCAUACUGAACUCACAAUCACCUGGAGGAACAAUAUUUUAGAACACAUAGCAGACAAGGAUUGUGGCCUUCCAUAUUACCAUUUUCAGGAUGUGGCUGGAAAAGAAAUAUUUUGUGAUGAACAUACCUCGGUAUUUCCUAUAGUUGAUUUUCCAGAGCCAUCAGUUGAUGAUUAUUCACGCGCAUGCAUUGCCCAGCACAAAAUGCAGUUCUCCUCACAAAGCUUGCAUCGAGUUGUGAGACAGAAGCAAACAGUUGAGUUGGUGCCAACCACAAAGGUUGAAUAUGAAUGGAAAGAGAAACUCUAUUCCUUCUACAUUUAUGGCAAUGAGAAUGAAGUAUAUACCACAGACUAUCCAGGAAAGUGCUGUUGCUCUCUCAUGUGACACAGGACAGCAUUCAGCUUCCCAGCUUCUUGCAAGAUUUCUCCAUACUGCAAAGAUGCUCUUAGGAUGCCCGAUCAUGGGCACACAUGGCUGGCAUAGUUCGUGGCCGCUACGUGUGCAAAGCAGACGCUUGCCAUGGGCACACAGCCCUACUUUUGGAUCAGAGAGAUGAUGCAAGCUGGCUGCCUUGAUGCGACCCGAGACCCCAAGCUCCUGCAGAAUACCACACAGGACUUAUGUAAGAGGCAUCAGCUUGUUUUCUCUGGCUGUGCAACAGGAGACAUUGGGGCGAUCACUAAAUAGUCCUAUGUAGGACUAAUAGUGCAGUUUAUAAAUUUUUUAAAAAAUAUAAAGUAAUAUACAUUUCUUGUGGAAGUAUGAUCUACUUGGAAUCAAAUUAAUCUAUGUCAUACUGGACGUCAUCUUGCACAAAUCUUUGCAAUGGUUUAUAUUCCUCUUGGGUGAUGGGUUUUAAAGCCCUCUGGCUCAAAAAUGACAAGAAGGUAAGCCAAGGGAAGGGAGAAUUGAUAGAACUUUUUAGUGCAUCUCCUGUACUAGACUAGUUCUCGCCACCUAUGCCAUUUCAGUGCUGUAUUUACCACAGCCAAAAUCUGCUUCUCUGGAGGAGGGUUUUUGAACCGUUUUAAGCCCAAGGGCCAAAUCCAAGCUCGGAGAACCUCUCAGGACCCGUGUUCCAGUGGUGGGCAGUGCAGAUGGCAAGAAUGGCUAGCUGGACCUGAGACAAAAGGAGCAACUUUUAGAAUGAGGUUGAAGCCAAGCAAAAUCCAGACAACCAUGAGGCCCACUCGGAUGCUAUGCAAUGGACAAGCUGAGCACCCGAUCGUGCAGUGCAAUCCAAAGUGGGUUUUGUGACAGGAGGAGUGGUGGCAGACCUACCAUUUGGUCCAAAGCUAUGCUGGCACUCAUUAGCCAAGGCAGAUGGUAGAUUGCCUCCCAGUUCCCCUUAUGGUGCAGGUUCCACUCUGUUGAUCAAAAUGGAAGGGACUCUUCCUAUACCAGCUCUAGGCUCCAGUCCAGAUCCAAGGCUGUCUUCUCCUGUGCCUUGGCUUGGGGCCCCCUCAAGUUGCUGUCAUCACUGCCUUGAUGGAUUUCCGCUUGUGGGGCUAUCUGUGAACUGCAGGCUGAACAGCCCCACUCGUAGAACACCUCUCUGUGGGUGGAGUCUGGUGUUGGGGCGCUUUUGCCUAGUCUUGUCUUUCCUCAAUAAGUUAUAUCUGGAGGCUGUGAUUCUGCUGCCUGCACCCCGGUCUUGUGACGAUGUGGAGGGCCUCCAUGGAGGUGGGACGCACUCCUCUUCAAGCCAUCACCCUCCACACGGACAGAGUGAUAGACGCAUGUAAGAAGGAAGCAAGGGCUGUUUAAUUUCAACAUUGAAUGAUUUGUAAAGAUUGAUGCUAUGGAAUGGGGCAGGGUAUUGUCAGUGAGAAGCAGGUCGAUAAACAAGAACAGAAGUGGUCUCUUUAUGGAGAAAGGAAAGGCAGUUUUUCUAAGAACUGCAUGCAUCUAGCCUACUCUCAGUACUACUCAGGUACUUAACUAUCAGAGCUUUGUGUAUCAGCUUUUCAUACAGACCUUGCUCCUGUGCACACAAGGAUGGUAUGGCCUACAUAUUCUGUCCCUUAUUCCAACAUGCUUUGAGUUAAAUUCCACUUCAUUUAAUGGAUUUAAACUGCUGCUAUUGUUACAAUUGUACCAUUUGUUUUCAUUGUCGUUCUGCAGUUUGAACUUUUUAAACUGUGAGCCACGAUUCCUGUGGAAAGGUGGUAAAUAAAUUAUUGUCAUCAAUAAAAUAACAAGGAAAAGCA